CGGCCAGUUCCCAGCCUGAUGCUGGCAACUGAGCUGGGGUCUGGGCAGAGACUGGAGGCCUGAUUUGGGAGGUGCCCACUCCUUAGCUGGGGGUCAGCCUGUGAAAUGAGGAAGGGCCAAGUUGGGGACCCUCCCCAUGGGGGACUGGGAUGGCUGGAAUGAGGGGCAUCACCAGGGUCCUGGCAUGGCUCAGGCAGGGCCGGUAGCGAAGGCUCAAGGCGCCGGUGCUGACCUCACAGUCCUCUGCGGCCUCGCCUUGGUGCGCAGUGGGUGCUGCUGCCUAAUUAGGUUCUGCUGUGCCAGCCCGAGCCCCACGCCCGGCCCCGCUCCGGCAGACGUGUCCGGGCACAGCUCCUGGGCUCCCGCCGCGGCAGGAAGCGCAGGCCUGCUUGGAUCCCCGGCAGCAGCCGGCACGGCGGCUAGAGCAGUGCCUGCCUUUUGGGCUGUGUGGCCAAGGGGCCGUGGGGAUCCAGUCGCCCCGGAGAAGCUACCUGCAGAUGGCCAGCCUCAGCUAGUAAUCCAGGCCAGCUCCACCUCUCACCUGCUGCCCCACCUCCGAGAGCCAAGGUCCCUCUGCGAUGGCACCCUCGCCCGAGGACCCGGGCCCUGAUCUGGAGAGCAGACGGUCUUUCCUGAGCACCAACAUCGUGCCCGUGGUGGAGCGAUGUAUGAGUGCCAUGCAGGCGGGGACGCAGAUGGUGAAGCUCCGGGGCAGCUCCAAGGGCCUCGUCCGCUUCUACUUCCUGGAUGAGCAUCGCUCCUGCAUCCGCUGGCGGCCCUCACGCAAGAAUGAGAAGGCCAAGAUCUCCAUCGACUCCAUCCAGGAGGUAAGCGAGGGGCGGCAGUCGGAGAUCUUCCAGCGCUACCCUGACGGCAGCUUCGACCCCAACUGCUGCUUCAGCAUCUACCAUGGCAGCCACCGGGAGUCGCUGGACCUGGUCUCACCCAGCGGCGACGAGGCGCGCACCUGGGUCACCGGCCUGCGCUACCUCAUGGCCGGCAUCAGCGACGAGGACAGCCUGGCCCGCCGCCAGCGCACCCGGGACCAGUGGCUGAAGCAGACAUUCGACGAGGCCGACAAGAAUGGGGAUGGCAGCCUGAGCAUUGGCGAGGUUCUGCAGCUGCUUCACAAGCUGAACGUGAACCUGCCCCGGCAGAGGGUGAAGCAGAUGUUCAAGGAGGCGGACACGGAUGACCACCAGGGGACACUAGGCUUUGAGGAGUUCUGUGCCUUCUACAAGAUGAUGUCCACACGCCGGGACCUCUACCUGCUCAUGCUCACCUACAGCAACCACAAGGACCACCUGGACGCCACUGACCUGCUGCGCUUCCUGGAGGUGGAGCAGAAGAUGACGGGCGUGACCCUUGAGAGCUGUCGCGACAUCAUUGAGCAGUUUGAACCCUGCCCAGAGAACAAGAGUAAAGGGGCAAUGGGCAUUGACGGCUUCACCAACUACACGCGGAGCCCCGCCGGCGACAUCUUCAACCCAGAGCACCGCCUCGUGCACCAGGAUAUGACGCAGCCACUGAGCCACUAUUUCAUCACCUCGUCUCACAACACCUACCUCGCAGGCGACCAGCUUACGUCCCAGUCGAGGGCAGACAUGUACGCCCGGGUCCUGCAGGCUGGCUGCCGCUGUGUGGAGGUGGACUGCUGGGACGGGCCUGAUGGGGAGCCCAUCGUGCACCACGGCUACACGCUGACCUCCAAGAUCCUCUUCAAAGACGUCAUUGAAACCAUCAACAAGUACGCCUUCAUCAAGAAUGAGUACCCAGUGAUCCUGUCCAUCGAGAACCACUGCAGCGUCAUCCAGCAGAAGAAGAUGGCCCAGUAUCUGAUCGACAUUCUUGGGGACAAGCUGGACCUGUCAUCAGUGAGCAGCGAGGAUGCCACCACGCUGCCCUCUCCCCAGGUGCUCAAGGGCAAGAUCCUGGUGAAGGGCAAGAAGCUCCCAGCCAACAUCAGUGAGGAUGCUGAGGAGGGCGAGGUGUCUGAUGAGGACAGCGCAGACGAGAUCGAUGAAGACUGCAAGCUCCUCAACGGGGAUGCCUCCACCAACCGGAAACGUGUGGAAAACAUUGCCAAGAGGAAACUGGAUUCCCUAAUGAAAGAGUCCAAGAUUCGGGACUGUGAGGACCCCAGCGACUUCACCGUGUCCACGCUGCCCCCACCUGGCAAACUUGGGCCCAAGGCAGAGGCCAAAAAGUUCGAGGAGGACGUGGAGAUCGGGGAGGAGGCCGGAACCAGCCGUCGGAAUAGCCGGCUCCUCGUGGGCAGCUUCUCCAAGCGCAAGAAAAAGAGCAGCAAGCUGAAGAAGGCAGCCAGUGUGGAGGAGGGGGACGAGGACCUGGACUCCCAAGGCAGCCAGAGCAGGGGGGCCGCUAGGCAGAAGAAGACUAUGAAGCUGUCUCGGGCCCUCUCAGACCUGGUCAAGUACACCAAGUCUGUGGGCACCCACGACGUGGAGACGGAGGUGGCGUCCAGCUGGCAGGUGUCCUCCUUCAGCGAGACCAAGGCUCAGCAGAUCUUGCAGCAGAAGCCGGCGCAGUACUUACGCUUCAACCAGCACCAGCUCUCGCGCAUCUACCCCUCCUCCUACCGCGUGGACUCCAGCAACUACAACCCGCAGCCCUUCUGGAACGCCGGCUGCCAGAUGGUCGCCCUGAACUACCAGUCGGAGGGGCGGAUGCUGCAGCUGAACCGGGCCAAGUUCAGCGCCAACGGCAGCUGUGGCUACGUGCUCAAGCCUCAGUGCAUGUGCCAGGGCAUCUUCAACCCUAACUCUGAGGACCCCCUGCCGGGGCAGCUCAAGAAGCAGCUGGUGCUGCGGAUCAUCAGUGGUCAGCAGCUGCCCAAGCCGCGGGACUCGAUGCUGGGGGACCGAGGGGAGAUCAUCGACCCCUUCGUGGAGGUGGAGGUCAUCGGGCUCCCGGUGGACUGCAACAAGGAGCAGACCCGGGUGGUGGAUGACAAUGGAUUCAACCCCAUGUGGGAGGAGACCCUGGUGUUCACGGUACACAUGCCUGAGAUAGCGCUAGUACGCUUCCUCGUCUGGGACCACGACCCCAUUGGGCGUGACUUCAUCGGCCAAAGGACGCUGGCCUUCAGCAGCAUGAUGCCAGGCUAUCGGCACGUGUACCUGGAGGGGAUGGAAGAAGCCUCUAUCUUUGUCCAUGUGGCCGUCAGUGACAUCAGUGGUAAGGUCAAGCAGGCUCUGGGCCUAAAAGGCCUGUUCCUCCGAGGCCCAAAACCCGGCUCCCUGGACAGUCAUGCUGCUGGGCGGCCCCUGCCCCGGCCCUCCGUUAGCCAGCGGCUCCUGCGGCGCACGGCCAGCGCCCCGACCAAGAGUCAGAAGCCAGGCCGCAAGGCCUUCCCAGAGCUGGUCCUGGGCCUGCAGGACACGGGCUCCGAGGGGGAGGCUGGCGAUGCAGCACCCUCCAGCCCUGGCCCCACCCCGGAGGCCCCAACCCGGGAGGAGCCAGGCAGCCGCAGCCCCCGAGGUAAGGCGCCAGUGGAGAGGAGUCCAGAGCAGGAGCAGCCCCCGCGGGCGCCUGUGGGCCCCGGGCCUGCUGGGAUGGCUGCCACCUGCAUGAAGUGUGUGGUGGGCUCCUGUGCCGGCGAGGAUGCUGAGGGCCUGCACAGGGGGCGGCUGCCCAGCCCGGGGCCCGAGGGUGAGCACUCGGCCAUCAGCCAGCAGCCCUGUGCCUGGGAGGACUCGUUGGGGGCCCCCCACGCUGCCCCUGGGAGAAGCAGAGGGGCCCCCAAGGGCUCCAGGGCCCGGCAUCCCGGGCCGGGCGGCAGCGGCUCCGUGUCCUCGGACUCCAGCAGCCCGGGCAGCCCCGAGGGGGCCACCCGCUGGCCCGAGGGUACCCACAGGCAGGCAGGGGCCCUGCAGAGGGAGAUGAACGCCCUGUUCAUUCAAAAGCUGGAGGAGAUUAGAAGUAAAUCCCCCGUGUUCUCCACCGGUAAGACCAGACGCUCCUCGGCAGUGUCCCCGUGCUGGUCCCGCCCCAUCCCGCAUGGCCUGGCCGGCAUCCCGCUGCGCUUUCGUGUCCAGAACUGUGGCCUUCGUGUGCUCUCUGUGCUCCAUCAGCUGGUCCUGCAGGUCCCGCUGCCCCCAGCUCCCUGUGUGCCCACGACGUGCCCCGUGGGCCUGACACCUCUGAGGCUGGGAAGGGACCCCAGGGUGGGGACUGGGGCGUCUGAGCUGUGCCCUGCUUGUCAAGACCCAAGAGUGGCCUCUGGAGACUAGCUCCAGUGCCAGGGCCAGCCUCCCUCCUUGGCCUGACUGCCAGGACCUGGGGGCAGUUUCCAGGCCUUCCUCCCGCCUCUCCCCAGCCCUGGCCUGCACUGCAGUCCUCUGGGAAGACUGGCCUGGGCUCCUGGAAGGGGCUCAGAGCCUUGACACCAGGGCUUCAGCUUGCAAAGUAUGAGGGGAGCAGAUUGCAGGUGACCCUCAGUCCCAGGGACGGGAACACACGUGUGAGCAGCUCUGCUUUGGACCCUCCCCUUGCCUCUGCCCUCAGGGGUGGUCAUGACAGACCUGUUCGUGGCCCCUGCUCACAGGGAGUGGACCCUGGUCACAGGGAGCGGACCCAACCUGGGGAGGGUGUGCUUGAAGCUGAGCCUCCCUCUUGCACGUGCCCAGCCUCCCCUCCUGUGUCCAUGGCCAGCCCCACACCUGCUGACCGCCCUGUUCUCCUUUCUGUCCCCACGCUGCCUCCCUAGUUAGGAACUGAGAGCAGCCGAGUG